AUGUCCUCACAAAGAAAACUCAAUGGAUACUUGGAACGCAAAGAUUCACUAAUAAAGCAAUACCGAGCCCUCAAGCCAGAUUUCUCCCACCAUCAACAACCCCUCUACUACAUCUUGAUCAAACUCGACGAAUUAGUCUACGAAUACAAUGUAUGCAAAUCAUACUUGGAAACGCAACAACAAACCAACAAACCACCCAUCACCGAUGUCACCCUCUCGCAAACCAAAUUGAAAUUUAUCCACGACAAGAUCCGUCAGAUUGAAGAUUCAAUAUACUAUAAUGAGUUGGUGGCUGUGGCGCCAAGAUUGGCGAUCAUUCGUAAAGAAAUCACCGAGAAUGCGCGUGAGGCGGGCAAAAUUAUUCUUAGUUAUGAAGUACAGAAUCCGAAACAACAGUGGCGGUUGUUGGAUGAACGGAUAUAUGAAUUGAGACCAACCUUGCUUGAAGAUAAUGAUCAGGGGAAGUCGAAAAAAAGAGGGGGCCGGAAACAGAAAAUUAACAAAGCAAGAGUGGGGGGAGAUUAA